GAUUUUUACAAAUGUAGUGGAUAUGCUUUUUCAUUUUUUUGCUAAACAGGUUAUCAGUACAAACACAGAGACCAGAAAUACAUAUAAAUUAUGUAGUUGUUCAUGACCUUACGUUUACAUCUCAUUAUUUGUCAGUUUACCAACUCAAACUUGAGUUACAUAUUGAAAAUGUUUCCUUGUGUGGAAGUAGACAUUUAAUAACAACCCCGUCAGCAAUGAUUUUGAAGUCCAAAUCAACCCACUUAACAAGCAUAGUCGGUUAACUCUAACAAUAACUUUCAUUCGAUUUUUUUCCUAUCAUUUCAUGCCUUUCAGCACCAUUGAUAGAGCAUUACCCGCUUUGCAUUAAUUUUGUUAUAUCUUAAUAUGUUUUUUUCAUGUUUUCAUUUAGCGGCUCAGUUAAGCGAGAAUGAGAGAGAGACGCCGUGUGUAUUUUGGUUUCCUUAAUAUGAACAGUAUAUCAUUAUUAUUGUUUCAUAAUUAACACAUCAAUAUUUUUAAAAUAUUAGAAAAACUUAUUUUUUUAAUCUCUUGAAAAUGAAUGUUGCCUUUAUAAUGUGUAGACUGUUGCUUCCAACUCACGAGGACGCUGUUGACCAGGUUGCUGAGAUUCAAGAGCUCAUUGCAGCAGAACCACCCCCAUCAUUUUGAAAUACCGAGAAGGGGAGACAAAAAAAGAGUUAAAAGGCACGUUCUAGAGGAGGGAUAUGAUCGAACGCGGAGUUAUCGGUCGUAUUAAUAACAUGGAUGGGAGUUUAAUUUCUGGAUUAUUUUAAUGACAUCUGUGUUUAUAAUCCUUUCACUGGAUACCGUAUCGUAUUCUUUUUUUCGGAUUGGAACACCUUGGACAGAGCAAUGAUACGAAAGAUUGGACCGCUGCUGUUUGUAUCCAUUGUUGCUCUCAACUCGGUUUUCGGACAGGUUAGCUACUCUAUUCCAGAGGAAAUGGCAAAGGGGUCGCUGGUUGGCAACAUUGCACAAGAUUUAGGAUUAGAUGUAAAGCGACUUAGAUCAGGGAAAGCUCGUAUAUAUACCGGAGAAAGUACGGAAUACAUCGAGCUUAAUAAAGAACGGGGAGUCCUUGUCAUCAAAGAGAGGAUAGACAGAGAGUCGCUUUGUGGUCAGACGACGCCCUGUGCUCUUGAUUUUCAAAUCAUUUUGGAGAAUCCUAUGCAAUUUUAUAGCAUCGCGGUCGAGGUCACUGAUAUAAACGAUAAUUCUCCCGGUUUUAAGAACAAAGAAAUUAAAUUCGAAAUCAGUGAAACAGUUCAAAUUGGAUCCAAAUUUGUCUUAGACAAAGCUGUUGACGUAGAUGUGGGUAUUAAUGGGUUGCGGGGUUAUUCACUAAGCUCAAGCGACACAUUCACUUUAAACCCGUACAGAAUUGGCAGCAGUAGGACUGUUGAGAUGGUUUUGAAGAAGCACCUAGACCGAGAGAAGCAGGAGCGGUUAUUUUUAGUGUUGACUGCUUUAGAUGGUGGCGAACCGCAGCUCUCCGGAACCAUGCAAAUUGCAAUUAAUGUCUUGGACGCAAAUGAUAAUGCACCUGUUUGUAUUCAAGCAGAGUAUAAGACUAACGUCAAGGAAGACGCGUUGAAAGGAGCUGCUCUUACCGUGGUGAGCGCAUCUGAUGCAGAUGAAGGUCAGCAUGGGCACAUACAAUAUUCCAUUUCAAAUGUUCCAGAUAGCGCGGUUGAAUUAUUUUAUGUUGAUAAAGAAACUGGUGUUGUAACAUUAAUGGGACACCUUGAUUAUGAGAAAUUUCGGCAUUAUGAAAUAGACGUCCAAGCAUCAGAUAAAGGUGGUAACUCGGAUGUGUGUAAGGUCAUAAUUGAGGUGUUGGACACAAACGAUAACCCGCCAGCUAUUAAUAUUAUGUCUACAUCAUCAACAAUAUCUGAGGAUGUGAAGCAGGGCACUGUUCUGACAAUGAUGAAUGUUCAGGAUCCAGAUUCAGAAGAGAAUGGAAAAGUCAACUGCGUUUUAAAUAAAAAUUCAAAUUUUAAAAUUACAUCAACGUCAAAUAACGUCUUUACUCUAGUAACGGAAAAUGAAUUAGACAGAGAGAUCACAUCGCAACAUAAUAUCACUGUGACUUGCUCGGAUGAAGGAGUCCCCUCCCUCUCCAGCAGCGUCACUCUCACCUUACAGAUCUCCGAUGUUAAUGAUAAUUCGCCUCUAUUUGAGAGGAGCUCAUAUGAGGCCUAUAUUGUAGAAAACAACACACCGGGUCUCUCUAUAUUCACAGUGAAAGCCAGAGACGCUGACUGGAACCAGAACGCGCGUGUUUCGUACAUACUGGAGGACUCCUCUGUUAACGGAGUGCCAGUCUCCUCGUAUGUGUCCGUUAGUGCUGAUAGUGGAGUCAUCCACGCAGUGCGCUCUUUUGACUACGAGCAGAUCAAAGAUUUCCAAUUCCGCGUCAAAGCGCAAGAUGGAGGCUCCCCUCCACUCAGUAGCAACGUGACUGUGAAAGUGCUGAUCCAGGACCAGAACGACAACCCUCCUCAGGUUCUGUACCCGGUCCAGACUGGAGGCUCUCUGGUGGCUGAGAUGGUUCCUCGUUCAGCAGAUGUGGGCUAUCUGGUCACUAAAGUGGUGGCUGUUGAUGUGGACUCUGGACAGAAUGCCUGGCUCUCCUACAAACUGCAGAAAGCCACAGACAGGGCGCUGUUUGAAGUGGGCUUACAGAAUGGAGAAAUAAGAACCAUCCGCGGAGUCACUGAUAAAGAUGCAGUGAAACAAAGACUGACUGUGAUCGUGGAGGACAACGGGCAGCCCUCUCGUUCAGCUACAGUCAUUGUUAACGUGGCGGUGGCGGACAGCUUCCCUGAAGUGCUGUCUGAGUUCACUGACUAUACACAAGACAAGGAGUACAAUGACAACCUGACCUUCUACUUAGUGUUGGCUUUGGCUGUAGUUUCCUUCCUCUUCAUCACGUGUUUAGUGGUUAUUAUAUCAGUGAAGAUCUAUAGAUGGAGGCAGUCUCGCGUCCUGUAUCACUCCAAUCUCCCUGUGAUUCCGUAUUAUCCACCACGUUACUCAGACACUUUGGGGACAGGGACUCUCCAACACGUGUACAACUACGAGGUGUGCAGGACGAAUGACUCCAGAAAGAGUGACUGUAAGUUCGGCACAGUCGGUAGUCAGAACGUGCUGAUAAUGGACCCCAGUUCUACAGGAACGAUGCAGCGGAUACAGAGUGAGAAGAACAUCCUGGAUGAACCAGACUCUCCUCUAGAGGUUUGACUCUUUAAACCUUUUUAAACCCACUGUUGGAGAAAUCU